CACGUUUUCCUUCCCGAAGCGAGAAUCUUUCCAAGUUUCUCCAGAUAUAACCUUACGCCUGUUCUCCACACCGUUCGAGAUGUCCAUUCACCUCUCCCCAUACUCGUACAUCGCAUUUCAUUAUCGCUAUACAAGUAAACUUCGGCCUUAGUACCACAUAUGAUAUAUUUGCUUUGGCCAAUUGAUAGAACCCACCACAAUAAAGCAAAUAAUUAAUUCAACACCAUGGGUCCCAUAACUACUCCUCUCACAACCCUCUUGGGUAUAGAGCAUCCAAUCCUUCUAGCAGGAAUGGCCCGAACCUCAGGUACGUUCAGACCUAGAACAAUACCCACCCAUUCUCGCCCAUCUCGCAACGAAGAAAAACAACAAAGCUAACACCCUCAGGCGGCCCUCUCGCAGCAGCAGUCUCCAACGCCGGAGGCCUAGGCUGUAUCGGCGGUCUAGGCUACACACCAGACCAACUACGCGACAUAAUCCACUCCUUGAAAUCCUCCCUCUCGUCGCCCGAGCUCCCCUUCGGCGUUGACCUCGCCCUGCCCAAGGUCGGCGAAGGCGCGCGCAAAACCAACCACGACUACACGCACGGCCAGCUCGACGACCUAAUCACCGUCACCAUCGAAGAAGGCGCCAAACUCUUCAUCUCCGCGGUCGGCGUCCCGCCCAAGUAUGUCAUUGAGCGACUGCACGACGCGGGCAUCCUGGUCAUGAAUAUGGUUGGGCACCCGAAGCAUGCGAAGAAGGCGCUGGACGCGGGCGUGGAUAUCGUGUGUGCGCAGGGGGGAGAGGGAGGCGGGCAUACGGGCGAUGUGCCGAAUUCGAUAUUGAUUCCUGCGGUGGUGGAUGUGGCGCGGAUGUACCGACCCAAGAUGUUGAAGGGGGAGGCGGCGUUGGUGGUUGCUGCGGGGGGCAUUUACAAUGGGAGGAGUUUGGCGAGUAGUUUGAUGCAAGGGGCCGCGGGGGUGUGGGUUGGGACGAGGUUCGUGGCGUGUACGGAGGCGGGGUGUAGUGAGCAGCAUAAGGAGAGUGUGGUGAGUGCUAGGUUUGAGGAUACGAUGAGGACGCUUGCUGUGAGUGGGAGACCCUUGAGGGUAAGGAGGAACGAGUGGAUUGACAAGUGGGAGUCGCAGCCUGAAAAGGUCAAGGAGUUGACGGAGAAGGGAGUCGUUCCUAUGGAGCAUGAUCUUGAUGAGGGGAAUGAUGUUGAUAUCCCUCACUUGAUGGGUGUUGUUGCUGGUGUGAUUGAAGAUAUCAAACCUGCGAAAGCUAUUGUGGAUGAGAUGGUUGGAGAAGCGGUUGUCAUGCUGAAACAGUGCAAGACCUUCUUGGGCGGGAAGAGUUUGUUGUGAUAUGUUCUACUUGUAGCUAUAUAUACUGUGAUUUCGAGCUAGUCAAUACCAUUGUUUUUUUACUUGUG